AGUGCGUGGCGCGACUGUUCCCGUCCGGUGUACCCGGGAAAUUAUUUUUUAAAACAUUUUUAUAAUUUCCGAACAAUGAAUUAUCAAAGUAAAGGCAAUAAAUAUGUGUGUCCGAACGACCGGCAACUUUCCUUACGAGCAAAACUGCGCACCGGCUGGAGUGCUGCCCGCAGCGAGCCCCCGCUGACCACGGCGGAGCGGGAGGCCAUCGCGGAGGUUGUCAGGCGCGCUGAGAAGGUGGAGGAGAACGAGGCGAAACGGAUUGGCAGACUUGUGGCGAGGCUUGAAGGUAUGCGCCGCUCAGCACAAGGUCCGGCGCCCAGAAGCUGCGUUCUUUGCGGCGAGACCCCAAGACUUUUGGCGCCUCUACGAAUUUGCUUCAUGUGUAGGAACGCAGCUUGUCCGAAGUGUGUUAUCGACACGCCACCUCAUAACCACAGAUCACCAAUAUACUCCCGAGAGCAAUACAUGUGCAAUCUGUGCGCUGAAACGCGGGAAAUGUGGAAGAAAUCUGGGGCUUGGUUCUUCAAAUCCUUGCCUAAGUAUAUUCUACCUGAGAGGAAGACGAAAUAUAAUGAUACGGAGUUCUCGAGGUCUUUGCAGGAAGCUGGAAACAGCAGCAACGAAAAAACAGAUUCCGAGCCGAGUUCCCCGCUAAGCUUACACGCGCCAUCUUUCUCCAGGCAGCCAAGCAACACGGAUAGUCGGAAAUCUGUCAGCAUUUCGCAGGACAGUCACCACGACUGGAGCGAAACGGAGAUCCUUACACACGGUGUAAGUGGUCUCAGUCUACAUAGAACAGACAGUAUUACCCAAAGAUCAAUGGGUCUAAAACGCACAGGCAGUAAAGGCAGUGCAUACAGUCUCAGAAGUAUUAGAAAGGAUUCCAAACCCACAAAUCAGGUGGAAAAGCCUCCAGUGAUUCCAGAUGCUGGUUUUGGAACUUUAGAGAUAAAAUUAGCUUAUGAUAAUGGGACUUCGUCGUUGGCUGUUACGGUGUUACGCGCUAGAGGCCUCAUUGGCAUGGACAUGACAGGCCUGUCUGAUCCGUUCUGUAGAUUGGAAAUUUUGCCGAUUGAAGGGACGUAUUCAAACAGAUUGCGAACAAAAACAGUCCAUAAAACAAAACAUCCGGAGUUCAACGAAACUCUUCACUUUUUCGGGCUCACUGAGUCGGAUUUGGGCACGAAGUCGCUGGAAAUCGUCGUUUUUGAUGAUGACAGAUACGGCUGCGACGAAAUGGGUUCAGCGACCGUAUCCCUUCGCGAAUGUAUCAAAUCGCCAGCUCAACUCCGCUUAGCCCUUUCCGGAGCUACUAACACUGAACCUACAGGCCCUAGACUCCUUCUAGCGUUAUGCUAUAGUACUAAACGAAGGGCUCUAGCUGUGACCGUAUGUAGGGCUAUGGAACUGCCGCCGCAAGAUAGCAAUGGGUACUCGGAUCCGUUCGUGAAAUUACACCUCGACCCAGACCCAUACCACAAAAAGCACAAAACAUCGAUCAAAUGGCGAAACUUGAACCCCGUUUGGAACGAAGGUUUCUUCUUCGAGACGCGUUUGACAGAACUUUCGCGCCAAAACUUGACACUGACAGUUUGGGAUAAAGACUAUGGAAAACCGAACGAUUUUCUAGGAAGUCUAGUUUUGGGUUCGAGCAGUAAAGGAAGACGUUUAAAACAUUGGAUGGAUUGCAUAAAAUUCCCGGACCAUAGACACGAACAGUGGCAUUCUUUAACGGAUACACAACACAUAUAAAUGCGUACAGAUAAAAAAUAACGACGGUUUUCAAAUGAAAUGUACUUUAACUUAGAUCAUUAUGUUUAUUGGCAUUUUAAAAAUAUAUCAAUGCUUCAAUUAUAAACCAACGUAUAAUUUAAUGGUUAUCAUUCCUAGAAAAUGAAUCAAAAAGAAGUCAUUUAUUAUAUGUAUACGCAAGAUUAUAUUAUUUUCGUAAUAAUUUAUCUUCAACGUAUUAGGUAUGUCCUGUCCUACCUAUACUUUUAAGCUAUAACCACCUUUGUGCUACUCAAAUGUUUUCAAGUUUCUUCCGUUCUUAUUGUAGAUAUUUAAUGUAAUUAUUUUAUUUUUAUUUUAUGGUGGCAUUUUAUUACCGCCGCAAUUUAAGUAUGAAUGUGCCAAAAUAAAUUCCAUUUAGUAAGCUUACUUCGUGAAGCGUACAUAUUUUUAUACGAAAUUAUGAUAAUAUACAUAAUUAUAAAUAAUAUAAGAUAUAUGUAUAAAAGAAAUAUAAAACUGUGCCAAAUAAUGUUGGUUUAUUUUGUUGCUGUUAAAUUUAUUGAAUUAAAUGUUUAGUGUAUGAUAAAUUUAUUAAAGUUAAAUUUAAAUAA